AUGGAUGUUGCAGCUCUCCGAGACCGCAUCCAGUCUACUCUCGACGCAAAUGCGGAUAAUCGACGCCAAGCUGAAUUGGAUCUGAAAUAUGCCGAGACACAACCUGGCUUCAUAAAUGCGCUGCUGGAUAUUCUGCAGGGCGAACAGAACAAUGCUGUUCAGCUUUCGGCCGGUGUCUACCUGAAGAACAGAAUCAACCGUGGAUGGUCGCCCGUCGAAGAUAGUCCCUUACGCACACCGAUCCCAGAGGCUGAGAAGCCUGGGUUCCGAGAAAGGCUGAUCCCUGCGUUGGCCUCAACGCCCCCCAAUGUCCGCGCACAGCUUGUCCCUCUCCUCCAGAAGAUCCUGCAGCAUGACUUCCCCGAGCAGUGGCCUGGGUUCCUCGACAUCACCCUUCAGCUGCUGGGAACUAACGAUGCCAACUCCGUUUACGCUGGGCUGCAAUGUCUGCUGGCCAUCUGCCGGGUGUACAGAUUUAAGGCUGGGGAGAAGAGGGAGGAGUUCGACAAGAUUAUCGAGCAUUCGUUCCCUCAGCUGCUGAACAUUGGAUUGAAAUUGGUCGACGAGGAGAGUCUGGAAGCCGCGGAAAUGCUCCGGAUCGUCGUCAAGUCUUAUAAGCAUGCUAUCUACUUUGAGCUUUCGCCCCAUCUUCAGUCUCAUCAAGCAACUGUCGAUUGGUGCACGCUGUUCCUGCGCAUCAUCGCUAAGCAGCCUCCUGCUAGCGCCAUGAUGGAGUCCAAGGAAGAGAGAGAACUGAACCACUGGUGGAAGUGCAAGAAAUGGUCCUAUGCCAACUUGAACCGUCUCUUUAUCAGAUACGGUAACCCCACGACUAUGACCAAGUCCAGCAACCCGGAUUACUCUCAGUAUGCGAAGACGUUCAUCAGCACUUUUGCUCCAGAGAUUCUUAAGGGUUAUCUGCAAGAGAUCGACAAGUGGGUAUCAAAGGGACAGUGGCUUAGCAACCCCUCUCUUGCCUAUACUCUGAUCUUCCUGGAGGAGUGUGUCAAGCCCAAGGCGAUGUGGGAGCACUUGAAACCGCACAUGGACAACUUGAUCGCUCACUUCAUCUUCCCCAUCAUGUGCCAGUCGGACGAGGAUAUCGAGAUGUUCGAAACCGAUCCCUCUGAAUAUCUUCAUCGGAAGUUGAAUUACUACGAAGAAGUGUCGGCGCCGGAUGUCGCAGCCACAAAUUUCCUCGUUGCGCUCACCAAGAACCGCAAGAAGCAGACCUUCUCGAUUCUUACGUUCGUCAACAGCGUCGUUAGCAAGUAUGAGUCUGCUCCAGAUGAUCAGAAGUUGCCCAGAGAGAAGGAAGGUGCCCUUCGUAUGAUUGGCUCUUUGGCAUCUGUCAUCUUGGGCAAGAAGAGCCCCAUUGCCGACCAGGUCGAAUACUUCUUCGUUCGACAUGUCUUCCCUGAAUUUCGCAGUCCACACGGCUUCCUCAGAGCUCGUGCCUGUGACACACUGGAAAAGUUCGAGCAACUCGACUUCCAGGACCCGAAUAAUCUCAUGAUCAUUUACCGCAACAUCCUGGAAUCGAUGACCGACCCAGAGCUGCCCGUCAGAGUUGAGGCCGCUCUCGCGCUGCAGCCUCUCAUUCGCCACGACAUUAUCAGAACAUCGAUGCAGCAGAACAUUCCUCAGAUCAUGCAGCAGCUUCUCAAGCUCGCUAACGAGGUUGACGUGGAUGCCCUGGCCAAUGUCAUGGAGGACUUUGUCGAGGUGUUCUCGGCAGAACUGACACCUUUUGCCGUGGCUCUGAGCGAGCAGCUGCGUGAUACUUACAUGCGUAUCGUUGGCGAGCUUCUGGAAAGAAAUGCUGCCAAGGGUGAGGAAGACACCUAUGGAGACUUCUUGGACGACAAGAGCAUUACCGCUUUGGGUGUUCUGCAGACCAUUGGAACGCUCAUCCUUACUCUUGAAAGCACUCCUGAUGUGCUUCUGCACCUUGAGACGAUUCUCAUGCCGGUCAUCAGCAUCACACUUGAGAAUAAGCUCUACGAUCUGUAUAACGAGAUCUUUGAGAUUAUCGACAGCUGCACCUUUGCUUCGAAAUCCAUCUCGCCGACGAUGUGGCAGGCCUUUGAGCUCAUCCACAAGACCUUCAAGGCAGGCGCCGAGUUGUACCUGGAGGAUAUGCUCCCUGCCCUUGACAACUAUGUCGCCUAUGGCUCCGAAAUGCUGGUUCAGAAUCCCGCAUACCUCGCGGCUGUCGUUGGUAUGGUCGAGGAUAUCUUCCGGGAUGAGAAGGUUGGCGGCGUGGAUCGGAUAUGCGGUUGCAAACUUGCGGAGACUGUGAUGCUGAACCUGCGCGGUUACAUCGACCAGUAUAUCCCUCUCUUUAUUGAGCUCCCUAUGCGCGUCAUUGAUGCUGGAGAGGCACGGACGAAGUCCUACCGCCUUCACCUGAUGGAGAUGGUCAUCAAUGCUAUCUACUACAACCCCGCUCUCAGUCUUCAGGUCUUGGAAUCCAAUGGCUGGACGAACAAGUUCUUCAGCACUUGGUUCUCCAACAUUGACAACUUCAAGCGCGUUCAUGAUAAGAAGUUGUCUAUCGCAGCAAUCAGCUCCUUGUUGACUCUGAACGCUGGCGAUGUUCCUGUAAGCGUGCAGCAGGGUUGGCCCAGACUGCUCCAGGGUGUCACAAGACUCUUCCAGACUUUGCCUGCAGCGAUCAAGAACCGCGAGGACGCCACUAAAGAGUCGGACUUUACCUUCGACGAUGAAGGUGAGGAAGAGGAUGAGGACAACGAUUGGGACGGUGAAAUCGAAUGGACCGACCAGGAUGAGCUGGAGGGCACAGCCGAGGGUGAUGUCGCGGACGAGAGCGCUGCCUACCUUGACUUCUUGAACCAAGAAGCACAGAAGUUCGGCUCCUUUGGCGAUGACGAUGACGAUGAGUUGGAUGAGGAAAGCUUGCUUGAGACGCCAUUGGACAAGAUCGAGCCUUAUGGUCUCUUUAAGCAUGUCUUUAUGAGCCUUCAACAGGAGCAACCACAGCUGUAUGAGAAUCUGGCAAAGAUCCUCAGCCCGGAGGAACAGCAGGUCAUCCAGGCCGUCUUCCAUGAGGCUGAUGCCAAGGCGCUGGCUGCGGCCAACGCCGAAGCAGCCGCAGCCGCCGCUGGCAUCCAGGCCAACGGAACCCAAUGA